AUGGCGUUAACAGUUGAUGAGAUCUUUGAAAAGAUUGGGAGUUUUGGAAGAUACCAAUGCAUACUUCUCGGAAUAUUUGGUUACGUAGCAUUUGCUACUCUUGCAUUUCAAAUAAUGAUCGUGACAUUCAUAACAGCAGAACCAGAUUGGAUGUGUGUGAAAGCAUAUAACAAUUCUAUCUGUAAUUUUACUGUACCAAUUGGAUUGAUAAGUGAUAAUUAUGGAGCCAGAUGUGACAUGCCAAGAGAAGCAUGGAAAUAUGUCGAUGGAUUCACAUCAGUUGUCACUGAGGUAUGUAAGGGCUAACCUCCUAACUUUUUAAAAAGGCUUGUUGCCAGAUUUAGAAAAUACAAUAACGUGCAGUGACCAAAAUUAUCUGAUACAAAAACAGUAUAAACAUUAUUCAUGUUUUGCAUAGCCGCAUUACAUAGGGGGAAAUAUUAUUUCGUACAAUUGCCUAAUAUAUAUCGCUAGCGCGUAGCACGCCUCUAAACUACAUAGGAUGCCUUUUCAAAGUCAAAUGGUUCUGUCCUUGUUUCUUUCUCCAAAGAUCGGUGUAUUCAAGUAAGAUUCAUUUAUCAGUUAAGUAAUAAGAUAGUAUUAUGCGUAAUGACGUCACAAGGCUUGAUGCCCACGAGGAAUGCUGGUCUAAGAAGUCAUCGCCCGGGAAAAUUAAACAAUUCAAAAUGGCCACAAUCGAAAUAUUCCCGGGAGAUGACUACUAAGACCAGCAUUCCUCGCGGGCAUCAAGUCUUGUGACGUCAUUAUGCAUAAGAUCUAGUGCUCUCAAUAAAAAAUGAAGUUAUGAUCGAAGAGCUAUAGUUGGCAUCCUCGGUCCCAGGGCCUGACGGCUGACACUGCGUUGCCGAAGGCCCUGGCCAAAACCAAAAUGAGAAGUGAUUUGAUUGGUCAUUAAUUUGUACAACUUGUACUAAUAAAUAUGGCUGAGUAUAAGAAGUAUGGUGUUUAGAAGUGUAUUAACUCUUCAAAGAAGGCAAAGAGUCGAUUCGGUCGUUGAAAUCUGCUGUCUAUCAACGGAAAUUUUAUUUUUAAUAUAAAAUAUAUUGGAUGUUGUGUUACAAUGUAUUAAAAAGCGGGGCAAAAUUGGGCAUUGGAUUAUUUAAAUAUUGGAAUCGCCAAAGGGACAUUUUAUAUACAAAGUAAUUUAUAAAGACAGACGAAAAAAUAUGCGAGAAAGGCUGUACCGUUUAUAAUUGCACAAAUCUACAAAAAUUGUGAGUGAUGUCUUGAAUCUUUCAAUUACAAAUGACAAAAACCUGAUCGUGAAUGAGUGUCUGUGUAGUUGUUCAAUGCAAGAGACUCCAUACGAUACAUAAUAUUAUAAAUAUAGUAUAUUAUAAAAUAUAAAUUGACAUACUUUAUUGAUGUUAUAUCAAUUUCAUCAAAGGCUCUUAAUUUAUGUAAAGAUUAUAUUUUAUAUUAAAUGUAAUUAAUAAUGACAAAUUGUAUUUAAUAAUGACAAAGUGAUUAAUAUAAUUAUUUAAUAGUUUAAUUUUCCAGAUACCAUAGCUGGAAAUGUUAGUUCCUCAACCUUUUUUUGCGUUUAAAUUUCAUGCAAUAUAUAGCUUAAGCCAUCAAAGGCGUCAAUGCAGCUUUCCCACACAGUAAUUAUUCAGCUUUCUUUCAGGGCUUUCCGAGUUUCCCUCAUGACCCCUAGUGUGCCCCACUGGUGAUGAGCCUAGUAACAACUUUUCAAUUUUGUUCUGUACAUACAUUCAGUAUUAAAUAGUGUGUCAACAUCUCGGAAACUAACUUCUGUUCUGAAUCCGAGAAUCUCUUACAUGCAGUUGACAUUUAUUUUUAUAGUGCUAGAUUUCAAGGUUUAAUUAUUUACCAUAGGCACAGGAGGAAAGUUUUGAAAUUUAAAAUUGAGGAGCACUUCAUGUCAACAGCACCAAAUUUAUAAUUUGGAAAGUAAUGGAAACAUUUGAAGACAAAUUGGGCAAGGCAGGGGUCGUGGAAGAGUCGUGUAUGGGGCUGGGGACGGCUGCAGCUCAAUUAUGUGGAAACUCUAGCCCCUCCCAAUCAGGAAAGUGCAAUAUACUGGGAGAAUUAUGUUUUGUAAUGACCAUGCUUUGUAGUGCUGGUAAAUGCACUGUUACGGACAAUAAAUUCUGUACCAUUUCAGAGCCCAAAAAUUUAACAUUUUCAUGUAUGAGCAUAAGAUGAAGAUACAAAAAAAUAAUUUUACUGUUUGAAAGAUUAUAGCCCCUGUCUCUUUCCUCCGCAGAGUCUUUAGUUGGCUAUGAAGGCGCGUAGCCUCUGCACGAUGCCACACCAAAUAUGGCGGUAAACCGGGGGGGGGGUGCGUAUAUUGUCAAACACAAAAUUCAAGUCAAAAUGGCUGAGAAAAUAUUCAUUUAUAGCACUGCAACAAGCUGACAAAGAGAUUAUUUACUAGCUCUACGAAAUGAGAAAAUGUUAUGUCCAGUUUGCGAGAAGACAUCUGCUAUUUUCCUAGACAAGGUACACUAUGCAUGGAAACAACGUAUUAAAAUAACAGGUUUUGGUUGCAAGCGAAGAAACUUGAUAUUUAUUAUUUUAGAAAUGUGUCCAAAACGGCAUAAAAGAAAAAAGUGAGCAUACAGAACCAUUAUUAAAUUUAUUAUCAAGACUGAAAAUACAAUUUUAACUAUUUCAACUUCAGCAAUAUUUAUAAACAAACGUGACCUUAAGUCGGUUUCGACCUGUUUAUUUGGAGGUUCGUAUCUUUGAUUCAGUACAUGCUAUAUGAAAAUACCACCAUUCGAUUCAGUACAAAAAUUAAUAUCUCCUAAUUUCUAUCGAUAGUUUUAGUCAAAUGUCAACACUAUAAUAAUGCCAUGUGGGAGUCCAUAAUUAAUGUAGAGAAAUUGACAAGUAUGAAUAGCGAAGAAUUAAUAGUAGGCGUUGGUGAAUUAAAUGAGCCUAAUACCUCACGUACAUGUAACUAUACAAUGUCAUUUCAAGGUGAGUUGGUUAUGGCUAGCUUUAAUAUAAACAGUCUUCUUGCCCAUAUAAACGAAUUACGAAUAACUACAGGUAUGAGCAGCACUAAAAUAGAUAUUCUGUGCAUUAACGAAGCUACCUUGACUCAACAAUAAAUUAUCAUGAGGUCUGUUUGCCGGGGUUUGAACUUGUUAGGAAAGAUCGUAUUAAAAACUGCCGAAAUGGCGGAGGUGUUUGCAUUUAUAUUCGGUCUAACUUGAAUUUUCAAAUACGAGACGAUCUAAAUUCGGAAAUUAUUGAAAAUUUAACCGUGGAAAUAAAGAAAAGUCAAUUUUAGUGAGUACCUGAUACAGACCUCCUGAUUCUCCUGUGAGUCAUUUUUCUGAAAUUGAGCGAAUGAUUGGGUCAAUGAAUAUUGUACGCAGAAAAUUUGGAAUACUUCCUGUUGGAUGAUUUAAAUAUCGACCUCCUGUCGACAGCUACAUCAACAAACAGAGCAAAAUUGUUCUAAGUAUUUGACAUUUAUGGGUUAGAAGAAAUGAUAAAUGAACCCACUCGUGUUACGCCAAAUCUAGAACCCUGAUUGAUCUAUGCAUUACUAUAGUGCGCCUGCUAAUGUUGUAAACUCAGGCGUCAUGCAUUUAUCAAUAGUAAGCUUAAGCAAGUGACGUUUUUGACAACACGAACGGCAUGAGUAACGUCAGAAGACUGGGUCAAGGGCUGUGAUUGGUGAAAACGUCAACAUUACUUCUGGUCGACGUCCGUGUUGUCAAAAACGUCACUUUCUUAAGCUCACUAAUUAGUGAUCAUUCGCUAGUCUACAUGAUUAUGAUACGCAAAGCCCAUUAUGCACGAGAUGGCGUAAGGCGCGUUGAGGCAAGAACAAUGAAGAACUUCAAUAGCGAAAAUUUCUUGAGGGACCUCGAACAGAAAUAUUGGGGUAAUGUCUACUGCUGCGAAGACCCGAAUAAAAUGUGGGAAAUUUGGAAAAGCAUGCUAAUGCCAACAGUUGACAAGCAUGUAUCAUUUAAGAUAAGGCGGAUUAGCAACUGCAAAUCCCCUUGGAUCACGAAUGACUUAGGACGACACUGGCCGUUAUAGAAAUGUACGUCUAUUAAUCAUUAACGCACGUAUUACGAUUAGUUUAUAUUUAGAAUAGUUUAAGUUUAUGGACAUUAUAUAUUCAGUUGUCUACAUGUAGUCGAGAUAUCAAGAAGUCUAUUAAAUAUCAGAACAUUAUCAUGGCGACGAAGAUAAAGUCGAUAAACGUAUUCUAUUAAACGAAACGAUGGUGGAAGAGCAGGCAGAGCCUCAACCACUGCAGCAAGCGGGUGUACAGAUCAUGCAAUCUGUAACAAUAACUCCAAUGCCAGAAUUUUGCCCAGAUGCAAAAAUUGGAACAAGCCUUUCGAGAAGAUGGAACAAUUGGCAGUCAGACUUUGAAAUGUAUAUAACCGCAAUAUAACAGGCGAAUCCUCCAGAACCAUUACGUAUGACCGAAAUGCCAGAGUUACCAUCGAGAACUGUCCACAUAGAUUUUUAUGGUCCACUACCAUCAUCUGAAUAUCUUUUAGUGGCGGUAGAUAGACACUCCAGAUUCCCAGAGGUUGAGAUCGUUCAUUCAGCACGAGCCUCAACAGUCGUUCCAAAACUUGACAAAAUGUUCUCAGUCCAUGGCAUUCCUGACACCAUUAUAUCUGACAAUGGUUCUCCUUUUAACGGAAACGAAUAUGCAAGAUAUCUGAAAGCCCUGGGUAUUCAAGCUAAGUUUUCAACACCCUACUGGCCCCAAGGUAAUGCUACAGUUGAACGAUUUAUGCGACCGUUAGGAAAAGCGCUCAAGACAGCGACACUUGAAGGACGACCAUGGAAACAAGAAUUGAACCGUUUUCUUUUACAAUGUCAUACCACUCCACAUUGCACUACAGGAGUUCCUCCAUCAGAACUGUUGUUUAACCGAGUGAUAAAAGGAAAAUUACCAGUUAUAAACAGCAACAAGAUUGUCAAUCGAUCGACAUAA